ACCAUUAAUAUAUUGGUAACGACUGUGAGAAUAGGUGACCGAAUAUGAAGAAGUACGCGUUGUUUAUCCUCAUUUUACUGGCGAAUGUUGAGGACACUCAGUCACAGGCAGAUUUAACCAUACAGGAAAAUGCAAAGGGUGAACCUGUCGUUCAGGCUGUGGUUGACGCCAUUAGAAGCCAUUGUAUAUUUGCCUCGGAUCGCUUGUUUUUAAGACGUUUAGCUCUGGUCCAAUCAAACGAUGGUGAAGAUUCUAAAACUUAUAGAGAUGGUUAUCAUGGUGGAAUCUGGCAGAUUGACGAGGACAAGUACCACCAAACACAGACCUGUCCUGGUAUUCUAGAAAAUGUUUGUGAAAAUAUUGAAACCAGGCUGGAAAUCAACUGGCAGAGUACCACGUGGAGAGAUUUACGUAAACCGUUAUAUUCCGGCCUGGCUGCUUCACUGUACGUCAUGUAUAAAAAUAACAUAUCAUCGAACACCCCAGACGGAAUAUCAGGAAGUCGGACUCACCAGUCGCUGAUCUGGAAGACUUUGUUUGCUCCGGAUGAGGCCACGGCGUCCUUUCUAAAUACUAUUGAAGCAAAUAAUGAUGUUUGUCAGAAAGCGAUAGAUUUAGCGUUUCUUAUUGAUGGCUCCGGCAGCAUUGGACCUCUCAACUUCGACAUAACUCGGCAAUUUAUGAUAGAAGUCACAAACCGUUUGUUUAUCAGUCCGGAGGGAACCCAAGCAGCUGCCGUCCAGUUCAGUUCUAGUGCCCAGAUAGAGUUCUAUUUGAAUGACCAUUCUACUGAGGGAAGCUUAAAACGGGCUAUUGGUGGAAUAGCUUACGGAGGUGGUAGUACCAAUACAGCUACCGGACUAAAUCUGGCUGCAAAUCAGGUAUUUGUUGCCGAAAAUGGAAUGAGAAAUCACUCUGCAAAGGUAGCGUUGGUACUAACUGAUGGACAUUCUAAUGAUCAAAUGGCCACAGAAGAAGCCUCCCAAUUAUUAAAAUCUAAAGGAGUAACAGUCUUCGCUAUUGGUGUUGGGGAUGGAAUAAAUGAAAACGAAUUACAGGCCAUCUCAUCCGAUCCUGAUUGUACCCAUGUUUUCAUUUUGAAAGAUUUUUCUGAAGUCGAGACCAUAAUUAACGCGAUACAGAAACGUGCAUGUCAAGCUCUACUAGUAGUUGAACGCGAACCUGGAGAUGAUUCUGGAGAAAUAGAAAAGCAUAUACCUUUUACAGGGAAUGAAACAACAGUAAACUUAAUCAUUCCAGCACCACCCACAAAUUCUUCGGCUAAUUCCACUAAUACUACAACCCUUAUUACAGACGUAUCGUGUAGUGUGGUGUAUAUAUAUGCGUCCUAUGACUCGACUCAUCCAAGCGCUGCUCUCUAUUCUUAUAGUGAUGUAGCGCUAGCAGGAUCACCAUCAGUGAUGACGAUAAAAGAUGAAAGUGACCGACCUCUGUAUAUCACUUACGAGGGUAAAAAAUAUAACCCGACUGCCACCAAGACUGCUGUAGAUUGUGAUAAUCCUGCUAUAAACACAAAGAUUAUACAGGGUAAAAAACCUGGUGCUGAUGUAACUUGUAAAGACGGUGACAUAGAAAGGGAGUGUACUCCUCUAGAUUUCCAAUCAAGUCAAUUUAGCAAAUACACUCCAAAGAGUGAAGUGGUGGAUGUUGUGAAUCCUUGUUACAGAGGAGUUGAUGUUUCCGAUCAGACCAAAGCUAUUCAUCCAAAUCCUCGCGACUCUACCAAAUUUCUCAAAUGUGAUGUUGAUGGCAAUAUGUAUGUCAUACAAUGUCCAAAUGGAGAAGAAUACCAUCACGACAGGUCCACGUGUGGUGAUAAUAAUGUGUUACCCACAGACCUUGGUGUACCUUUGGUAUCUGGAACAAUCGCCGCCCCUAGAUCCAGCCCGCUACCUGAAGAGACGUUGGAGGCGGUCAAUAGUUUAUAUAAUGUAGCAAGAGCUUUCCAAAACGCAAUGCAGGGCAAGGGAGCUGAGCUGACUUGUAAAAAGGGCAACAAAUUACAGAACUGUACUUUAUUUGAUGUCCAGACCAGUCAGUAUAGCUCGUUCGUGUCAAAAGAUUCAUGGUUGGGUGUUCCGAAUCCGUGUGAACCGGGUGUUGAUUUGACAGAUAACAACAAUCGUCUACACAUAAACGACCUUGAUCCCAAGAAGUUUAUAAUUUGUGUUGAACCCAAUACAAUGUAUGUUACCCAAUGUCCUGGUAACAGAACAUACGUCCCUGAAUCGUUCCUCUGUAGAGAAUAAACUUUGAAUCAAGAUGGCGAAAUAUAUAUUUUACCGGUGGAUCUGAAUAACAUGAGUAAUGGACAAGCUUUACGACAACGUCAAUCGUUUUGUCUACCCUUGGGUAUGCUUAGAUACAUUAGCUACAAUUUAUUAUUAAUAAUUUGAAGUCUAUUCCUAUACUUAGUUACACAAGCUACAUUUUUUUUAUAAAUAUUUCAAACUUUAUUCCUACCCUAGGUUAUGCUUAGUUACGUGAGCUACAUUUUAUUAUUAAUAUUUUAAAGUUUAUUCCUACUCUUGGUUGCCUAUUUUCCUGUUCUAGGGUAUCUAUAGUUACACGGGCUAGGUUUUGUUAUGUUCAAGUCACUGGAUAUAGGAACUUUAAUUAUACCCACACCAUUUCUUGCGUACUUUUUAUAUACAUUUUUGUUUUACCAGUUUUUCUAGUAUUUUGUUUUAAAUUGGUAACUAUUUACGUAUUUUAUGUGUAUUUAGUUUCGAAAUGUAUACUUAUGGUUUUGUAUUUAAUUGUAAAGCGCUAUUGAGCACUAUAGUGAAAACAGCGCUAUAUAAGUGUUCUUAUAAUAAUAAUAUAAUAAAUAAUUUAUAUGCCCGUCUUCAUUAGCCAGUUCGGAGCAAAACAGUAGGGGGAGAGAGAGAGAGAGAAAUGGGAUUUAACGUCCACUCGACACAAACUAGGUCAUUUCGGGACUAACAUGGUUUAAUUUUAUUUCAAUAAUUCGCUUGCGCAUAGGAGUCUUUAGCAGUGGGAGGAAACCGGAGGACCCGGAGAAAACCCACGAGGUUGGACAAAACCAGUAGGACGUUAAACCCCAUUUCAUUUCAUUUCGUUUACAGUUGUUAACAGUCCACAUCUAUGUAAUUAAUUACACUGUAAUCUUUAAGAUACAUCCUGGGAGAUAUUAUUAGAUAAAAAAGGUGGCAGUUCUCACUAUAAUAAUCAAAAACUAGAUAAUGUAAAGUAAAUUUGCUGAACAUUUCAGUCAAAUUGAUCCACUCUGAACCGAGAAUUUAGCGAUUGAAUUUUUAGUCUAGCCUCUAUCAUCAUUACUAUCGGUACGAUAAAAAACAUUAAUGGAAGUUGAGCAGCAAAUCGGAUCCUAAUCCAAUAUAUAUCGCAGGCUAGCGAUUAUGAUCAGGAUAAGUUAAUUAAUAUCUAAUUAAUAAUUUAGAUAACAUUUCAGUUCUAAAGAAAGGCCUGCAAUAGGCAGAUUUAGUUCUUGCAUAAUGUAUGUUUAAUAAAGAUAUUA